AGGGACCGGGGGGAUUGGGACCGGGGACAGAGGGACCGGGGGCACCAGAACCGCGGGCAGAGGGACCAGGAGGGGAUCGGAACCGAGGGCACCGGGACCGGGGGAUCGGAAUCGGGGGCACCGGGACCGGGGGAUCGGAACCCGUGGCAGAAGAAGAACCGGCGGCACCGGGACUGAGCCAAACGGGGCCAGUGUGGGAGUAUCGGUGAGCUCCGCUGCGGCGGCGAGCGGGGCGUACCCGAAGCGAGUGAAGGUGGUGGAGGUGGGACCCCGCGACGGGCUCCAGAACGAGAAGAAUCUUGUGCCCACCCCAGUGAAGAUCAAUUUAAUCAACAUGCUGUCAGAGACAGGGCUGCAGGUCAUAGAGGCCACCAGCUUCGUGUCCCCCAAGUGGGUUCCUCAGAUGGCUGAUCACACCGAGGUCCUGCAGGGCAUCAAGAAAUCACCCGGGAUCAGUUACCCCGUGCUCACCCCAAACCUCAGGGGCUUCCAGGCAGCGGUGGCAGCAGGGGCCAAAGAGGUGUCAAUCUUUGGGGCAGCAUCUGAGCUCUUCACCCAGAAAAACAUCAACUGCUCCAUCGAGGAGAGCCUGGAGAGGUUUGAGGAGGUGAUGAGGGCAGCGAAGGAAGCCAGCAUUCCUGUCAGGGGGUACGUCUCCUGUGUCCUUGGGUGUCCCUAUGAAGGGAAGAUUUCUGCAGCUAAAGUUGCAGAGGUCUCCAAGAAGAUGUACUCCAUGGGGUGCUACGAGAUCUCCCUGGGGGACACCAUCGGCGUGGGCACCCCGGGCAGCAUGAGGGAGAUGCUGGCAGUGGUGAUGAAGGAGGUGCCCGUGGGGGCUCUGGCUGUUCACUGCCAUGACACCUAUGGCCAGGCCCUGGCCAACAUCCUGGUGGCCCUGCAGAUGGGGGUGAGCGUGGUGGACGCCUCCGUGGCCGGCCUUGGGGGGUGUCCCUAUGCCCAGGGAGCCUCUGGGAAUGUGGCCACAGAGGACCUGGUGUACAUGCUCAACGGGCUGGGCAUCCACACGGGCGUGGAUCUGCAGAAGCUGAUGGACACAGGCACCUUCAUCUGCAAUGCCCUGAACAGAAAAACCAACUCCAAGGUGUCUCAGGCCUCCUGCAGACUGUGACACCGAGUGGGAAUUCUCCUUGGAUCAAGAAAUCGAGGAUCCAGCCCUGGCUGGGAUUCCUGUCUGACCUCCUGAGCUCCUUCCUGGCUCAGCAUUUGAGAGGAAGCUCAAAAUCCACCAGAAUUAGGAAGAAGUGAGAGAAUAUCCUGUUAGAUUGUGUUCUAUUGGACCUUGAGGCUGUCCCCAUGUGCCUUGGAGAGGGGAGGACGUGGAGGGGCAGAGGAGAGGCCUGGGCAGAGCAGCAGCUCCUGCCUGCAGGGCCAAGGACAAGCACAGAUUUUGCAGUUGGAGCACAGCUCCUGCUCAGUGUGUCCAUCCUCCCUUCUCCCCUCCACAAACAGCCAAAGGCUGAGCCCAAACCUCCCCUGGUGCCACCUCAGCCUUCAGGGGUGUGCUGCUGCACUGUGUAUCUGUUGUAAGAUACUCAUCACACCAGGACUAAUAAACACAUUAUUUAAUAGUC